AUGGCUGACCGCUGUGUUCAUUUUGAGAGUGAGAACAGUGAUGACUCACCUGUGCUGGAACCUGACACGUUGAGCAAAGAAAGCCAUGGAGGUGCCAGGAAGAAAAUCCCUUUAGUCAAGAAGGAGGCUGGCCGCGGUAUCUCGUCACAGAAAGUUUCUCGGAGGGCGGUUAUCGAGACCAUAACCAUCUCGGAUUCAGACGAAGAUGCGUCUUCUUCGGAAGAAGAAAUAGUGUUUAAUUAUAACCAUAAUGUCGUUUCAACAAAGGUAGUGAAACCUAACAUUUUUGUUGUCGAUGGUCAACAACAUCUGAAAGAUUUCUUAUCUGACUACGAGCAUUAUUUCAACCGCAAGUUUGUUGGUGGCAGCUCGAGGGAGUGUGCGAGACAUUUAGGAGACUUCCUGUCAGGUGAAGUGAAGGAAGUUUACAGCCGCUUGUGUACGUCGAGUUGCCAGUACUCGUAUCUGAAGAGUGAGCUCUUACGUUGGUACAGGACGCAAAAGAUCGGCAAGAGAUCUUAUUGGCGGCGUGAACUCAGGAAAGCCUCAAUUGAACCCGGAGAGAAGCUUUACCUCUAUGGAAUGCGCUUGAUGAACAUGGCCCAGCAAGGAUACGACAACGACAAGGAGUGCGCCCGUGAAGCACACCUAAUGCAACCUCUUUCUAAAUUUACUGGCAAGCGAGGCUCGGUUAAACUCAAAUGGUCCGAUCAGAUGCUUGAGUCGUUCGAGACCUUGAAGAAGCUCGUCGCCGAGGAAUGCAUAUUAGCUUACCCAGACUAUUCACCCAAUGCUGAAAAGCUUGAGCUCUGGGUUGAUGCUUCGGCCACAGGAGCAGGAGCCUGUAUCCAUUAUAAUCCUUUGAUCGAAUUGAAAUAUUUUUCUCCUCCUAAAUUGGAACUUGCUGAGGAAACCGUUGCGGUUGAUAGCGUGGCUGAACCCAUUGAGGACGAAGAUACCCAUAUUGCACUCACUGUGCUGCACCAGCAGUCGGCGGCCGCCCCUCAGCGGGAGCACACGUUUCUCUGGGUCGCACCUGCCGCUGGCUCAGGCUGCGUCGCCUUCCUGGCUACCGGGUCUGUCGGGGGCACGCUGGUCUACAGAGAUAUCAACAUCUUCGAGGUCUGCGAGCAAGAGAGCGGUCCCGCUGAGCUGCAGGCGGCGCCCGGCCUCGCGUCAGGCUGGCGGCCGCAGUCCCACGUACUCCUGAGGGACUCCUUCGUCGCGUCCCAGCCCGACCCUGACGUGUGGUCGUCGGUGUCGGGGGGCGCCGUGCAGGAGGUCUUCGGCUCAGGCUCCGGCUCAGCCCUCGUCCUCAGCAGCGCCUCCGCCAGCCACGCUGAGACCACGCCCUUUGAUUUCACUGAUGCCGUGGACCUGCACUUCACGCUGACGUCAGGCCCGUGCAAGGAAGGCUCUGUGGUGCAGCUCUACUUCGGUCUGGUCGAGGCAGGCGAGCGCAACGAGCUACAGGCGAGCCCGUGGGACGAGAGUCCCCCGCCCCCGGCGUCUGGCCCCCCACAGGCGAGCAGUCCGGACACUUCCAGGUCCUCGAGAGCGCAGCAAUUAAACGACGCCGAGAAUUUGGAAAUUAAUUCGGCAAAUAAAGCUUUUGCUGACGGUGUUCGUCCACCGCACGUCAGCGACAGUGAACUUGGGACGACUUACAACCAUGCGAACUCUGACGAUGGCCGACGGUGCGGCAGCUGGGUGCUGGAAAACGAAUUCAGCGCCACGGCGCAGGGGGUGGAGCACGUGGUCUUCACCCCGCUGCAGCUGCGCCGUCCACGCGCCUGCAUCAAAUUUGUGGUCUUGCCUCACCAAGACCACAAGCUCGGCACCACCAAGUCCACCGACCUCUGCCUCGUCAUUGAUGACGUCAUCCUCGGUGCCCAGACCAAAGCUUUGUCCGCCCACAACACCGAUUUUGUUGAGGACUUCGACUCCUUCAGUCCCUCCAACUGGUUCUCCUUCCCACAGGGCUUGGUCGAGCGCUCGUGUUCGUCAGACAGUGCGUCGCUGACGUUCCCUGAGGUAGCGUCUGGCACCGCGGCGCAGCAGCAGCAGCACCAGCAGCAGCUGCGGCUCAGGGUCGCCACCACGUCCCUGAUGGACCUCUACGGCGACCCUCCUGACGCGGACCUCCUCUUGCAUCAGAGCUUCGGGCAACCCUUGGGCGAAGGCUGGAGGUUGACUGGGGGUGCGGUGACGUCAUGUGGGGGGAGCGGCAGCCCCCCGCUGCUCGUCAUGGAGGGGGAGGGGGUCAGGAAGAUCUGCACGCCCCCAAUUGACGCCACGCUGUGCGUGGAGCAGACGACGCUGGGCAGCGCCGGGGCCGCCGUGUGGUCCGUGGCGGCACUCACGCUACUCCCCCACUUGCCGUCCGCCCCAACCAAGUACUUCCAGGCGCGUGUGAACCUUGGAUGCUCUUCGCUGCCCCGCCCCCUCUACGGGCGCCGGCCGUACCAGGCGCCCGUGCUGAUCGUCCUCGAGGGCUCCACUGACUACGGCCGCACGUGGACGCCCCUGCACCAACCCUGCCUUCCUGGGGCCUGUGAUGGAGCCGUACAGAGCCUCACGGCCGUCGUAGGGCCUGCCUACGAGCAAGGGUGGUCGCUGGUGACGAUGCCGCUGCCGUACGCCGUCCUCGGCCCCCACACGCGCCUCCGCCUCGCCCUCCACGACGACGCGUCGGGCCGCGUCAGCGCCGCCGCCUGGGCCAUCGAUGACAUCUUCGUCGGCGCCUGUGACGGCGGCUGCGGGGGGCGUGGCCGCUGCCUGGCGACGGGUUCCUGCAGAUGUGAGUUCGGAUACACGGGCCGACGCUGCGACGUCGCUGCCCUGGAGCGCCCGCCCUUCCUGGCCGAGCCCUUCACGGCACCCGUGCAGACGUCAGCAAACCUCGCCGAGUUGCAUCCAUGCAACAUCUGCCUCCAAAUCACCAUCAUUAUUAUUAUAAAAGAUGAAGACGUGCUUAUUUUGGAUGAGCAGCCUGGCGUGCGGCAGCUGGAAGUGGAUGACAUGGCUGCUGCUUCCCUGCACAGCAUCCAGUUCCACAUCACUAUUGGUGGUGCUGGUGGUGGAGGGAUGAGUGAGGGCAGCGUCGUUGUUCAGUACUCCACCGACGGUGGUCUGGAGUGGGCAUUGCUGCAGGAGCUCGUGCCAGACCUCUACCGCUCUCCCAGACUGUUCCGGUCGACCCUUCCCCCCGAGCUUGUGUCGGGGGGAGUCGUAAGGUGGCGCAUCUGGCAGCCCCGCCACGGGGACGGGGACCAGUGGGCGCUGGACAACCUCCUCAUCUCCCCCAGCCAGCACACCAACCUCCUCAUCCACGUGUCCCUGACGCUGCCACCGUCAGCACGGGGCGACAGCUGCAGGUUCAGGCUGUCGCAGCCACAACACUCGGGCGCUGACCAGGACAUGUGGGCCGUGGAUGACCUCACCGUCACAUCCACCGCACUCGACUACAUCCAGCUGCACUUCGACGACAUCCACGCCGCGAAUGACUCGCUUAGAUUCCAUCUGGGCUCACUGUCGUCUUCGUGUGGACGGAACGAAGUGCUCGUCUUCCCUACGAACUCCAACUCACUGCUGUCCACUUUCCCUGGAACGUCCACACCCCCCAGCAAGAAGAGGCUCCUCGAGACCAAGUCCCUGGCCGUAGGACCCUCCUUCAUGAUGCAGUUCCUCCUCAUCAUCGCCUGUGCAGGACCUAAGAGCGACCACCCGCUGGACCGGCGGGAGAAUGGCGCUGAGAACGUGGUGAUGCUCGAGUACUCGCUGAACCACGGAGUGAGCUGGCAGCUGGUGCAACGUCCGUGCUCUCCUUCGACCGCAGGAUGUAGCUCCCACUUCACCCGCGGUACCGUCUACCACUCCACCGAGUUUUCCCGCUGGGGGAGGGUGACCCUCCGCCUGCCCCGGCAUACAUGGUCGCCUGUGACCCGUCUUCGGUUGCGGGAGGGCACUUUGGACGCUCAAGGGCAACCAUCCUCUGAGGACCUGGGCGCGGGCACAGUCGAGUGGGCCGUAGACGACCUCUACAUCGGCCAUCGCUGCAACGGCUACUGCUCAGGGCACGGCCAGUGCACUCGUGACGGCUGCGUUUGCGACCACAAUUUCCACGGACUGUCGUGCAUGCCUGUCCACAAGCUGCCCCGCUCCGUUGAUGUAGAAUUUGACGACGUCGUCACGCCGUCCAUCUCGUCCCCUGACGUCCCUAAGAAGCAAGACGACCACUCGUCCAUCCACCGCCCCAGUGAUGACCUCACCCGCCAUGGCCUAACCGUGGUGGGCGGCCACCUGGUGGCCGGUGGACAAGGAUGUGGCUCCGUUGUGGCCGCCAACAGCCUCUACUUUGGCGCGAGGUGCUUAUACACGCGGCAAAUAGUUGCGUCGACUACAGUUUUGCAGGCUGAGAGUCUGUACACGAGGAGAGUGUUUUCAGUACAAUACGCCGGCGCCAGUGCGACUUUGGGAGUUAUCGAGCAAGGGAUGAGCGAGGGCAGCGUCGUGGUUCAGUACUCCACCGACGGUGGUCUAGAGUGGACGUUGCUGCAGGAGCUCGUGCCCGACCUCUACCGCUCCCCCAGAUUGUUCCGGUCGACCCUUCCCCCCGAGCUUGUUUCGGGGGGAGUCGUAAGGUGGCGCAUCUGGCAGCCCCGCCACGGGGACGGGGACCAGUGGGCGCUGGACAACCUCCUCAUCUCCCCCAGCCAGCACACCAACCUCCUCAUGUCCGACGCCCCCGAAAACGCAUUGACGGAGUCACCGUGGCUGACGAUCACUGGGCACCAGCUUCUGCCUUACUGCCCAGAGACUGAGCUGUCAGAGACAGACGCUGCGAGGAUGAAGCUGCAUGCGACAGCCGCUGCCAAAGCGAAGCUGUCAGAGGCAGACGCUACCUGGGCAGCAGGAGUUGCCAGUUUGUCUACCAACGCGACCUUUGGCGACCUAGUCGAAUAUGACGCGAAAAAAAGCAGCGAAGGUCUCUUGGGCGAGGAGACGCCCUCUGGACGGGAGAUGUCCUUUGUGAUGAACGGCCCUGAGCUGGUGAGGGAAGCCGCCACCAGACCCCUCAACUUGUCCGAGGGAGACGUCAUCUACUUCAUGGGUGAGCGGGCUGAGUGGGAUAAGGAAGAAGAGUGGGUUAGGCCGGUGGAGCUGAGGUGGCGUCAGGACAACCCCACGGGGGGCAACACGGGGGAGUUUGCUCUGCGGGGGGUGUACGUGGGGGCGCCGUGCCCCCGACACUGUAGCGGCCACGGCCAGUGUCACCCAGGGGGGCGGUGUGUGUGUCAGGCCGGCUACACUGGCACGACGUGUGAGCGCGGCCCCCGCCCUCGCCCCGCCUUCCUGAGGGACGACCCCACGGCCUACGCUGCGGGGGGACCGGGGGGACCUCCUGCAUGGGGGGCCUGGGGAUCCAGAGCUGAGGGAGGAGGUGGGGAAGCAGGGGGCAUAGUACGAGGGCCAGAGGACACCCCCUGGCGUCGUCUCAUGGGGGCCAGCGUCGUGAGGGAGGCGUGCUCCCCCAGCAACCUGGACGCGCCCCUGCUGCUCUUCGCAGGCGACUCCCCCAGACUCGCCGAGCUCAAGGAAGUGGACACCCGCCGCAUCAAGUCUCUGGAGUUCUUCCUGCAGAUAGGGGGAGGAGGCUCCCCCCAUAGCCUGUGUCGGGAGGGCGUGUCGCCUCGGGACGACGUCCUCGUACAGGCGUCUACUGACGGGGGGCUGCACUGGCAAACCCUCGCUUUGGUUGAACCCCAUAUGACCUUCAACAGAAGUCGUCCGUUUUCCAUUGAUCUGCCUGAAUUCGCGCGGUCGCACCAGACAUCGGUGCGGUGGUGGCAGCCCGACGCCCUCACUAUGACCGCCACCACCACGCUCACCGAGACCGACAGUGGCAGUUCGUCCAGCAAUGCGCGCGCAGAAUGGCAGCUGGAGGGAGUGCAGCUACUGGCCAAUGACACGCUGCCCUACAGCCUCUCGGGCAACCGCGGUGCUCCUUACGGUUCAGCAGCGGCGGGUGGUGAACCGCAAACUUCCGAAACCUGGUUCUGGCUCCGCGGGGGCCGGGAACAACGAAGCAGCUGUCAUCAGAACGAAACUCUCGUUGUUUUUGACGGCAGUUAUCCACAUUUCGCGGAGACCUGGGACGUGGAAGCCACUGAAGCCACGAUGAUCCAGUUCGACCUCUACGGCCCCUGUCCCCCCACCCCACCCCCCUCCAAAUCCCCCCGCCUAUCCCCUGCCGUGUCCGAACCCAUGCUCGGAGAUUCUCCGGCCAUCUCUGUGGCGGUGGAGUACUCCACUGACUCGGGCAACAGCUGGUCGCUGGUCCGUGAAGUGUGCGCGCCACCUGACACCACCUGCGCCAGCUACGACCACGCCAGCGUCUUCGAGGUGCCAGGAGAGACCACGGCGCUGCCACGGCACCGACGCCGCGCCACCGUCGAGAUGCCGCGUGAGGCAGCGGGCCAAGCACUUCGCGUGCGACUACGGGCGCUGCCGCCCCCCUCAGGGCCCCCUUCAUCAGGUCCCCCCUCGUCAGGGGUUACUUGGGGGUUGGGUAACGUGUUUCUGGGGGACGCUUGUCCGUGGAUGUGCUCAGGCCACGGAUACUGCAAUCAACAUGGCGUCUGCAGUUGCGACCCUGGCUACUUCGGGGACGUGUGCGUGCCGGCGUCGGUGCUGCCGUGCGAGCUGCUCGACACCUUCAACCGUCACCACCAUCCCCCCGUGGGGGGACGAGUGGUCCCCUCCUAUAAUUCCUCCAGCUUGAGUCGAGAAGCUGGUGGGGGAAUGAGAGACGAGGAAGGGGAUACAUCGUCUCCCCAUUGGUUGACCAUGAGGGGAGCGAAGGAGGGGCUCGAAUGUGGAGUGCUCAUCGGUGGAGCUGCGCUCGUUUUUGUCGGGGAGGGGACGCGCGAGGCCGUGACCUAUGACCUUGACAUGACCUCGGCACAGUUCCUGCAAGUAACCAUCUUCCUCGGCUGCCCCUCCACCCGGCAGAGUUGGGGUGAGGACUCGCCUGAUGGAGAUGACAAGUGGAAGCUGAAGGCAGCGCCGACGCAGGAGACCGCGGGAGGACCUUCCUGGAUCGCAGAGGACGACUCCCUCAGCCAGAGGGAUGAGGGCAUCCUGGUGCAGUUCUCUACUGAUGGAGGGAUCAGCUGGACGCUCCUAAAGGAGAUCCACUUCGCUCCGUACCGACGUCCGCGGUUCGUCAGCAUCGAUCUCCAAGAUUUCCCGAUGUCGCAAACUAACUCCACCCGCUUCCGCUUCUGGCAACCCAAUCACCCCUCGGUAACGGGGCUGCGGGCCUGGGCCAUAGAUAACCUCUACAUCGGCGGGGCCCCUGUGGUCCCCAAUGUUCUUUACGAAGACUUCAACGGGGCCCAGCCAAUCAGUGACGCCUGGAUCGACUGGCCCGGGGCAGAGAUCGGGCAACUGUGUCCCACGGACUCGCGCAAGGCCCUCGUGUUCGGUGCGUCCACGGCCGGAGGACAGCGAGCUCUCUACUCCAGGGACGUGUCCAUUUACGGCGAUUCUGUCCUCCAGUUUGAUAUCAAGAUUGGGUGCGGCAGUUCGGAGCCAAGCCUGCACAACGUAAGCCUGCAGUACAGCACCGACAGCGGCGCCACGUGGCAGUCCGUCCGUGACUUGGCCACGUCCUCCGACUCUGAUGAGUUCACCAGACCUCCCAGGGACACCCACAUGCCCGACGUGCCCCAGGGAUACUCGCUGCCAAGAGCAGCAGGCCGCCGGAUACAAACUUUCGGGGAAACCUGGAAUUAUCUUGGAGAUUUUGAGGAGCAAAAUGAUGAUAGCUCUUUACGUGGGAGAAAAAUUUCUGGUCGGAAUGAGGCUGGUAAUGGGCGUGCUGAUGGGGCGGGUCUGCCCCGACACCGCGUCAGCCCAGACUGCCUGCACGAGCUGCGGGCGCCGUCGGUGUAUUACUGGAACAGCGCCCCCAGCUGGCGGCGCGAGGUCAUCCUGCUCUCCGCGCUACAAAUAUGCGGCAACGUGCGGUUCCGCUGGAUCGAGCUGGGCGACGACGCCCGCCCGCUGGUGUGGGCGCUGGACAACGCAUACGUGGGCCCCGCGUGUAUAUACAACUGUAACGGCCACGGCCGCUGUGUUAACGGCGACACGUGUGUGUGUGAUGGCCCCCACUACGACCAGGAGACUGCAUGCUUGUCCUCACGCCCCAACCCCGACACCGUCAAACUCUCCUUCGAAGAUGACACCAACAGCCAGCUGGUCCAGAGGAUCAGUGGUGCAGAGAUCACAGCGGCAUGCCCAGUGGUCAGCGGCAAGUCGCUCGUCUUCAGCGGGGACGGCGAGAGGAUGAUCCUUACAAAUGAUCUGGACACCAGCGACGUCAGUGUGGUGCAGUUCUACCUGCGUCUGGGCUGCGAGUCUGCAGCAGAGAACCGCGAGCUGGCCGCAGCAGAAGUGCAGCCAAUCCUCCUGCAGUUCUCUUCUGACGGAGGAGUAACCUGGGAACUCAUCGCUGAGCUCACCAAGGACCUCAAGAACACCAGAGACCUCAGGACUACAACAAGCUCCAUACACAGCUCGCAUUUCACCGUACCUCUGCCAGACGCUGCGCGCACCAACGCCACGCAGCUGCGCUGGUGGCAACCGUCCGGUGAUGGCCGCUUCGAUGGCAGCUGGGCCAUUGACGAGGUAUUGCUAGUUUAUUGUACUUUGGGCCCUGUGCUGACAUUUGCAGGAUCUGGAGCCUGGCACUCCGCGGAGAGUCCUGACCUUGUUGGCACUGCCGGCACUGUCUUACAGUUCCAGCUGUCCACUAACUGCCCUCCUGACACUACUUCGUGCUUCGAUAUCCUGGUGGAGUUCUCGGUUGACUACGGCAAGCACUGGCACCCAUGGUUGCCACCAGCCCCCUCCCCCCCCGCCCACAACCCCCUACUGGACAGCCCCCCCUCCUGGGCCUCCCCCCUGCACACAUCUGACCUCCAGCCCCAGCUGGUCACCCUCCCCCUGCCUCCCCUCGCGUGGUCACGCACGAUGCGCGUGCGGUUCUCGCUCUCGUCCCCGCCGGGCGCGGCGCCCCCCACUUGGGCGCUGCCCCACGUCUUCUUCGGCGGGUGUAGCGGGUGCCACAACCGCGGCCGCUGUUCCCGCGACGGGUGUGUCUGCAGUCCCGGCUGGGCGGGCUCCACAUGUGCCAGCCCCACUGUCGCUUUACCGACGUUUCUGUCGGAGGAGUUCGACGGUGGCUUGACGGCGAGCAACUGGCGGCGGGUGGCGGGAGCGACGGUAUCUUCCGAAUGCGAUGCUGGCGGGGCCGAUGAUGUGCUGCAUUUUACGGGGUCGUGCAGUCGCUACUUAGAAACUACGGACCUGAACCUGCAAGACGCCCACUACGUACAGUUCCUCGUAACUUCCUCAUGCGGCGCCCACAGUUCGCUGUACAACCAAGAGUAUGCGCAGCAGCGCUCAUCCCGUGCACAACCAAAGACCCAGGACUUAUACGACCAAAGACCUUCUCGAUCGUCCGACUUCUAUAACCAAAGACCUUUUAGAUCGUUUGAUGACAACAUCGGAACAUAUGAAGAACCAGACUUGGAAACUUUAACUUCGAAUUCUGUGAACUCGGAGUUCAUUCGAACGCGUUCUCGGUCACGGCGGUCAAUUGUGAGUGAGCAGCGCAGAGCGGUCGACCCCCGACGCCUUAGUUCGCCUGACACCGAGGAGGCGGUGCCGGUAUUCAACAACGACUCUCAGAUCCUGGUGCAGAUGACGUGUGAUGGCGGCAUGACGUGGACCACAGUCAAAGCGCUUGCAUUGAGACACUUCACGUCACCGAAGUAUGUGUGGCUGGAAAUUCCGGAAGGUCUUCACUGCAACGGCGGCCGCGUCCGCUGGUGGCAGGUGAACGGUCUGGGCAUCGCGUCUGGCCGCCAAUCUCGCCUGCCGCGACCAGACUGGGCCCUGGACUCUGUGGUGAUCGGGGGGCGGCGGUCCAACCCCCCCUCUGCUCUCGACGCCCCCACCGUGGACGACUUCAGGGCGCCAGGGUGGAUCAUGAUGUACAAUGUAGCCAGAGGCCGCUACUGCAGCAGCACUGAUGAGAGUCUGACCGCCAAGUCUGGGGUGGCGGAGGCCGCCGUUGCUCAGACUUCAGACAUCAGGGACCGCUCACUGCCGCCUGUCAGGGUGGAAUAUUCCCUAGAUCACGGCUACAGCUGGUCUCUGGUACGAGACACCUGCUUGCCUGGGGACCCCAGCUGUCAGCAGCUCGACGACUCGUCCAUAUUUUACGGCCCGCUGCCCUGGACACGAGUCGUGUACUUGCUCGACAACGUCGGGCCUGCCAAGUACGUCCGGUUCCGAUGGAUACAAGAACCGACGUCUGAUCAGAGCGGUUCACACGAGUGGUCACUGCGUCGUGUCUACAUCGGCAACGCCUGCCUCCAAAACUGCCUCGGCAGAGGCUACUGCAUGGGUGCCUUAUGUUACUGCGACUCCCAGUAUACUGGUCUGCACUGCCAGUACCUGCUGCAGGACAAUGUCCCAUACAUCAGGGACACAUUUCCGGGCCCCGCGUUUGCGCCACAUUGGGCCCACGUCCAGGGAGGCCUGCACUCGGGGGGCUGCGGGGACGUCAUAGAGGAGCCCCCGGCCGUCUCCAUGGAAGGCCGCCACACCAGGAGCAUCACGACGGUGCCCGUGGACACCCGUGCCGCCAAGUUUGUCCUCUUCACGGCCGUUAUUGGAGGACAAAAAGGUAGCCAAAAAGCAUCCACUACCCUUCUUGAAAAUGAGGUCUCCCAAAGCACCGACGUCUGCCGGAAGCCUUCCGCACGACUGCACAACGUCUACCUGCAGUACUCCGUGGACGGCGGCAUCAACUGGCAGCUGCUCCGUGAGCUUGACCAUGAACUCUACGGCACUCCUCGUGAAGACUAUGUCCUCCUGCCCUCCAACUCCCGUUCACCUGCCACUCUCUUCAGGUUCUGGCAGCCACGUCAGGCGCCCCCCGCCCCCGCGUGGUCGCUGGACGACGUAUUCAUCGGAGGCUCCGAGAUCGCCCAUGCGCAGCUCAUCGACGACUUCAGAGACGAGCCUCAGGUGUCGCAGUGGCUGUUCGCCCCACACAGCACCACCAGCUCGGGGUAUUGUCACGAAGACAGCAACGCAACCUCCCUCACUUGGCCUCACCACAAGCCCGGCACCCGCGCCAUCACCACGCAGGAGCUCAUCGUCACUCACCACACACUCCUCCAGUUCAAAAUCUCAAUUGGAUGCGACGCGAAAGUUGAAUGUCCGUCAGAAACGCCCAGCGUCUUCCUGGAGUAUUCCAAAGAUGGCGGUGCGACGCCGUGGAGUUUAGUGUCUGAAUUCUGCCUGCCGUCUUGGUCACAAGACACCGACUGCCUUCCGUACGAAUACCACGGGCCUUCCGCGUACCAGCCGGACGUGUACCAGACCUGGACCCGCGUCACCAUGCUUCUGCCGGAGAAAACUUGGUCCAGUACAACACAGCUGCGGUGGGUUCAGUCGCCGUCCCCCCGUCCCCUGCCGUGGUCGCUGUCGUCUGUGUCUGUCGGGCAGGACUGUCCCGACCACUGUCACGGCAGAGGGGACUGCCUGCAGGGACGGUGUCACUGUGAUCCGGGAUAUUACGGCGAGAACUGUGCGCCGCGCCCGUCCAGUAGCACGGAGCCUCUACCACAAACUCUCGUUGAGGGAUUUGAAGGGAACUUGAACGGCUCAUGGAGCCGGGUUUUGGGCGGGUGGACGAGCCGUGGAGGCUGUAGUAGCCUGGCUCCCUUCGGGUCUGGCAAGCAUCUUUACUUCGGCGGGUGUGGCACCCGGAGUGCCAUCACCCAGCCUCUGGACACCACCCGCGCUGGCGCUGUCAUGUUUGUCUUGAAAAUCGGCAGCGUCGACGGACCUCCAACCUGCGCCUUCGACAGCAGGACUGGCGCUGUAGGCAACUCGCUGGACCGCGGUGUGGUGCUGCAGUAUUCCGUCAACAACGGCGUCAUCUGGCGGACAAUUAACGUUCACGAUCCCUCCGAGUACCGCAAGCCCCGCCGUGUGGUGUACAGCCUGCCGCGUGAGGCGCGAGUGUACGGCACUCAGCUGCGCUGGUGGCAACCACUGCACGCCGAGACGUCAGACCACUGGGCGCUGGACAGCGUCGAGCUCGAACUGUCUGCUCCGAGAGACACCAGUCAGUUUUCAGUUUUGCACGGUCAAGAAAAAGUGUGAAUAAAAUCUGUGGAAUGAAAAAGGGAUAUUGAUGCUUGAAUGUGUGAUGAGCAUGGAUUCCGUGAAGCUUAUGACCUUAUCGGGACCAAGACCUCCUUCGGUUACAUGCCUCAGUUUCAUAUUAAUAAAAGUUUUAGUUAUACUAAUUAAGCUUGGAAUUCAGCUUUAUUUAAGUAAAGUCAAAGUCAAUAUGUCAUCAUAUUAAAACAUCAGGAUUAACCAGGUCAACUCUAAAAGAGAUUACAUAAAUGAUAUAUUUCUAUUAUUGUAGGACUAAGAGCAGAUUGGGGUAUCACGUCAUACUUUCACAUCUGAAGGAUUGUCGGUUUGUAGCUAAAAUAUUACAUUUAUAUAUUAGGUUUUAAUAGAACCCCAGUAUCGAGCACGUUUUACAAUGGCAACUUCCUAUGGCCUUCUUUCAAAUGUCAUUUGUGUUAAUUGUGGAGCUAUGUACCGCAUUACUGUGUGGAAAAGACGAUUAUGUUAUGGUAUUAGUUGCCCAUAAACUUCUGAACUCAACGAACAUUAUCAAUAGUUUUACCACCACACUAUUUUAUUCCUUUUAUAUCAUAAUCACGACGCUGUAAGUGAGAUUAAAGAAACCAAACAAUUUCGCCAUAAUACGCGCAUUCCUCAACAAAAAUGGGGUAACACCUAGUCUUCUGCGCAGGAGUCACGACAUUUGGUUUAGUGUUAUCCUUAGCCUGCUUGAUCGAUAUCAAUUUCUUGUCAAAAUCUCCUUGCCGACUUUAAUGUGUCCUGAGAGUAAAUUGGCCUAAUUGAAAUCAUACCGAGCUUGCAUGCUGCUUAACGGCUACACUUCAAACACAGCCGAAGCGGACAUAGAAUGACAAAUUAAUUUACGUCAUUUCCGAGUCCAAGGCGGCACUUGAUUGAGUUGGGCCCGAAUCCAUAUUUUAUCAGGGUUGAAAUACUAAUGCCAGUGAAAUACUAAUGCCUGUGCCCACAUAGUUUUACAAAGAUUUCGUUAGCACUUUCAAUGCGCGAGACGCAUAUUUUUUGCGGUUGCAUAAUUUAAAAAAAUGAUAUGAAAAUAUGGAAUAAUAUAUAUUUCGUUUACUGAAAAUAAACCCUAAAUAGAAAACCUAUGACAAGAUUUCGAUAUUGCUUCUUAACAUCCGAAGAGAGCUAGUGUGGCUGCAAAGAAUUAUACGUAAUGUGACUCAUAACGUCCGCUCCAGAGAUCGGCUAAUACUCAUAAUGAGGGUCAUCAAUAAAGUCACUUGAAUUACAUUUGAACUGAUAUAGUGUUAGCGUAAAUCUUAACUUGAGAAAUGCAUAAAAAAUUUUUGUUCUCAUGGUUGAACAAUGACAUGGUUAAAUGGGAUACGGCUGCCGAAGAAGUAACUUAAUUACUAUCACGCAAGCCUAGAUGACGUUACUGUGACGCUGCAAGUUUAUCGGUCAUACCAGUUAGGUCAGCAUUAAAUCCUGAUUCAAGUUCUGUAGGUAUAUAUAAGCUUUUAAUAAUCACGAAGUGACAAUUAUCCUUGGGAAGUCGGGCUGGCGUUACGAACUGAACCAGCGAGUGAUACGUCAAGCUUGUGCUCCCUCCCUACUUCUUAAUUGUCGACCAGCCGUUUCGAGGUGUAUAAAACUAUGUUUUUGACUCGGUAUCUAUUGUGAUCUCCAGCGACAUGGAAAUUGUAAAUUAUAGCUUAUUUAUAAUUUAUAAAUAAAGUUUCAAACAAA